AAAGAGAGAGGGGGGCGGGUGUUUGCGGGGGGCGGGGAGAGGCCCCUUUUCGCGGCCGGGAUGCGCCAAGCGACAAAGCUGCACUUCGAGAUCAUAAUGCAGCAGAAAAAUGAAAGAGCAUAGGAGAAAAAUACAGCGGAGAAGUCGGUUGCUGGCCGGUUAUCGAAAAUGGACGGUGGGAUUUUGGGGGCUAAAGCAGUACUGCUUCCAAAGGAACCGUCUUUCUCUACUUAAAGGAGGGAGGCGAGGCACUUGGACACCUGUGAGCCUGAAACAAACGAAGCCCUGCAGAAGCAAGAGUCUUUGGCUCCAGAGGAAGUGGGCUCCUGAAGUGUUCCUAAAUGCAAAGCCCCAGCAAGUUGUACCUUUUGAAAACUGCACCUUUCCACAAAACAUACACAGAGGCUUCUUUCCUUGGUGCAAAAGUGGAGGACCUGUUACAGUGGCAGAGGAGCUGGGUGGCACAUCCUUUCAGAGCGAAGAACUUCUGAAUAAAUUUUGCAGUUUAACGGUUGACUCAAAGCCUUCUCAAAGCAAGCAGCACAGCACCGAGACCAGCAAUACUGCCUUCCUGGUAAAAGAGGAUGGUCUUGCUCGGAAGGUGGGCGAGAGCAAUAACAGUGGCGUUGAGGUUCUGAACAACUCCAGAAGGAAGUGCUGCUGCCAAGGCCUGGAGCAAAAUGGAACUUGUGACCUCCUGACUAUUAGGAGGAGGCCUAGAUUUAAAAGGUGUACUUUAAAAAACAGAUCUCUAUUUAUGAUGUAUAAGAAACUUUCUGCAGUCAAGUUUUGGAUUAGAAUCGCAAAAUCUCGUCCCAGGUUUUGGAGAGGCAAGACGUGCAAGUUGAGCAUAAGGAGGCCGAGCUGGGUGGAGAAAGUAAGCAGAGAUUGGCAAGAGGACCUCCGCCGAGGAGUCUCUGCGGCCUCGCUUCCCUCUUGGAAACUGAAAAGUAAAUCUCCCUGGAACCUGUUCAGCUUGUCAGAUAUGAACAGUCAUAUGCCAGGACCAUUGAUUGAGGAGAGUCAAACACACCUGCCUGACGCCUGCCUCACCCAGGGCGCACGCUUGCCAUGCAGGGAGCUCCAUUACAAGGAACUUGCGCCCAGAGACCAAAAUGGCAUCGCUGAGCCCUGCGUGCCGGAGUUGCAUGGAGCAGAAGCGGCAUGUGGAGCACAGCCUACUCACAAGGAGGAAGCGCGGAAGGCACCCGCACUGGACAGCUGCCCUGAUAGUUUCGUCUCUGUGACGGAGAAAGAAAGCUCGGUUUUAGGUCCAGGAGAUGGAGGAACGAAUCAGUUUACGGGUGCCGGCGAGACAGUGCUGGGGCCCUCCAGGGCGGAUUUGGGCACAAACGACGGCUUUGCUAAUGGGCCUGCUUCCGUGGAGCUGGCGCAAAAUGAGGACAGUGGUCGGAUGGAGGUGGAAGGGCCCAUAAGCAUGGACGUAUUUGGCGCAGAGCUCUUAGAUCACCCGUACUGUAAAAGCCCUCAUGAUGAGCCUCUGAGAGGAAGCACAGGACAGAAAUCAGGGACCCAAAAGAGUGGGAAAAGAAGCAGCCAGAGAGCUUCUUGCGUCAGUGACGAGCAGUUGGCUGUGUGGCUUUGUGGAUUCCUAGAUGAAGUAAUGAAGAAAUAUGGCAGUCUAAUUCCACUCUGUGAAAAGGAUGUUAUGGGAAGAUUAAAGGAAGUCUUUAAUGAAGACUUCUCCUAUAGAAAGCCAUUCAUCACCAAGGAAAUCAUGAAGUAUCAGACGAGGCAUCCCAAAUCUUCCACUUGCAAUUUCCGGGUCUUCUAUAACAAGCACAUGCUGGAUAUGGAUGAUUUGACAACGUUGGAUGGUCAGAACUGGCUAAACGAUCAGAUUAUCAACAUGUAUGGCGAGCUAAUAAUGGACGCAGUCCCUGACAAGGUGGACCUCUUCAAAAAGACACUCUUGUUAAUUCCUAUUCAUCUGGAAGUCCACUGGUCCCUAAUUACUGUGAAUCUUCCUAACCGAAUUAUUUCGUUUUACGACUCUCAAGGCAUUCACUUUAAGUUCUGUGUCGAGAACAUACGCAAAUACUUGCUGACAGAAGCUAGAGAAAAGAACCACCCCGACUUCCUUCAGGAUUGGCAGACUGCUGUUACAAAGUGCAUUCCACAACAGAAAAACGACAGUGACUGUGGAGUUUUUGUGCUCCAGUACUGCAAGUGCCUCGCCUUAGACCAGCCUUUUCAGUUCUCCCAGGAAGACAUGCCUCGGGUGCGAAAAAGGAUUUACAAGGAGCUCUGCGAAUGCCGGCUAAUAGACUAAUAAAAAGGAAGAGAAGGAAAGAGAGAAGCUACUCCUUUCGGCAUUUUCGAAGAGCCCUGGCUGGUAUUUUGUGUACUUGAAUUUUCUGAGAAACUUCCAUGGAUUUCAAAACGAGUCUUGGCGGAGCAGUGUGGCCAACACAAUUACCUCAAACAUUUUUUCUGACGUGCUCCUUAACCGGCGGACCUGCCACAAAAUAUUCCCGAUGUCAGUCGUUGGUUCCCCCCUCCCCCCUUUUCUUUUCGUUUUCUAAUGUUCUUUCCUGUAUUUAAUAUUUAUUAUCUUAAAAACGCAUGCGCAUAGGCAAAGCAUGCGACUAAACGAGAAGUAUAAAACUGUAGAAUUGGUGCACCUUUUGAAAUGUAGCUAGAAACAGAAGAGAAUAAUACAGGUUAAACUUUUUUGUCUGAAAACAUAAAAAAUGCAUGUUCCAUUCCCCCCCCCUCUGAUGCAAUAAUGCUUUGAAUGUACAAAGAAACCCAAUGCCAUAACGAGAGCAGUUACAACAUUUCUUCCAGAAAAACGACAACCUGAGACUAUUCCUCCUUCAGCCUUUUUAAAAAAAAGCUCUAAAUCCCCAUUAUAUUGGGAAGAAGAGGGGUGUGUUGGAAACUGGCCUAUAUAUUUGAUUUGUGGAAGUCCAGUAAAGAUUUAAAUCAUUGCAACUUGGGGGGAGGGGGGGAGAAAAUCUACUAGGUGGCUACUAGAUCACCCUACAGUUCAAAAGCAAUCCCUUGUACACGAGACUCUUUAGUACUAAUAAAAGAUGGAGAUGCUAGUUCGGUUCGGAUUUGGUGGUGUUGCUCCUACACUUGCUCUGGAAACGUCUUCUUUUUUUUUUAAUAUGGUCCCAUUCUCAGGUGAUUUGUAGGCCACAUCUGAGCCUCUGAGCCUCUCUGCCUGCCUUUACUUCUCUCUCCCCCCCAAAAAACUCCCUUUUCUUGUUCCUUGUGUUUGUUGUGGUGUCGGUGACAGGGUCAAGAGGACAACAGCUCUUUUAUCUAUCUGUAAGUUUUCUUGCUUCUUGGGGCUUGUCCUGCAGGGAGUCUUAAGAUUCACCCCGUGUGCUUCAGUGUAGUCCUGCCCCUUCUUUCAGCGUGGUCCGCUUGUCCCUUGGCUUAGGACCAGUGUGAUCACUUUCUCCGAGGCUGACUUCUCUCUCUCUCUCUCGUGUGUGUGCGUGUGCGUGCGUGCCAGGAAUAAAACUUUUAAAUGUGGAUAAAGUUA